CUAAACUAAAAAUGUUUACAGGGUUCUAAUUAAUUGAUUUUUAAACAAUAGUUGUCUUUGGUUUCUAUGGAAUGGCAAAUUAAAAUGAUUUCUCUUGGACUCAAAUCAAAAUUUUUUGGAACUCUUCCCACGCCUCUGUUUCAGGUGGUGGCGGUGCGUGGGUAUGCAGAACACAAAGGUGAUGAGGACAUCAAGUGGCAGUGGUCAGUUCGCGAGUCACCUUGUCUGGAAUGUUACAAGUACAAGGACAAGAGAGGUUGGCUGUCUAAAAUUCUCAAACGUAAGAAAGAGGAAGAACUGACCAAUCGUCACCGAGAGGUCAAAUAUCAGCCUAAAAUAUGGGAGCUUGAAUAUUACAACUACUUGCUGCCAGAAUGCAACCCAAAAGAGAAGAAGACAAAGCGAAAGAGCAAAAAGCCAAGUGCAAAGAGCCCAUACCCGGUUUGCGGCUAUAAGAAUUUUUCAUGUGAAGGCAGACAAGAACUCGUAAGUUUGGAGAGAGGAGAUGAACUCAAACCUUGCACCGUGAAACUAAAUAUUCCACACAAAGAGCCGUUCUGUCUGAACGAGACCUGUGGGAAGAUAAAACCUUUGAAGAAAGACAAUUGUGAUGAUGAGUCCGAGUUUUUGUGUCUGAAUCAUUUGAUUGAAAACAAACAAAAAAAUGAAGACGAUUCUGAUGAAAAAUGCUGUAAAACUAAAUGAGACCACUAAGGGGAACUAAAAGUAUGUUCAGUUUAACUAAGAGAAUACAUGUAAAUAAAUUCUUGUAAUUUAAA